AUGAAAGAAGAAGUAGAAGCGGGGUCUGGCUUCGCCCUCCCGGUGGACGAGGAGAGCAAGGCCACCGAGCUACGGGUUUUCUCCUUCGCCGGCCCCCACAUGCGGGCUUUCCACCUUGCCUGGCUCUCCCUCUUCUCCUGCUUCUUCUCUACCUUCGCUGCCCCGCCCCUCCUCCCCGUCCUCCGCGCUACCCUCAGCCUCUCCCCCUCCGACGUCUCCGCCGCCGGUGUCGCCUCUGUGUCCGGCGCCAUCAUCGCCCGCCUUGCCAUGGGCCCCGCCUGCGACCUCGUCGGCCCCCGCCGCGCUCUCGUCGCCGCCUCCCUCCUCACCGCCACCCCCGCCAUCGUCGCUGCCGCCGCAGUCUCCUCCCCCGCGGGCUUCAUCCUCCUCCGCUUCCUCUCCGGCCUCUCUCUCUCCAACUUCGUCGCCAACCAGUGCUGGAUGAGCUCCAUGUUCUCCCCCUGCGUCGUAGGCCUCGCCAACGCCCUCUGCGCCGGUUGGGCCAACAUGGGGAGCGCCGCCGCCCAGCUCCUCAUGCCCCUCGCCUACUCCCUCCUCCUCCGCCUCGGGGCCGCCCCAUCCACCACCUGCCGUGUCACCUUACUCCUCCCGGCCGCGCUCCAGGUCGCCGCCGCGCUGGCCGUUCUGGCCUUCGGCCAGGACUUCCCGGUGGAAGGCAAGAUCAUGUCGAGGCUCGAUAAAAAGGAUAGGAAUUCGGACGUCUGGAGGGUGCUCGGCGGUGGGCUCGGGAACUACAGAGGGUGGAUACUGGGAAUGACGUACGCGUACAGCUACGGGGUGGAGCUGACGAUGGAGAACAUCCUGGCGGGGUACUUCUACGAGCGGUUCGGGCUGGGGAUGGAGGCGGCGGGGGUGGUGGCGUGCUGCUUCGGGGCGGCGAACGCGGUGUCUAGGCCGGGCGGUGGGAUGGUGUCGGACGCCAUGGGGAGGAGGUUCGGGAUGAGGGGGAGACUGUGGAGCCUGUGGGCCGUGCAGACUCUCGGAGGGCUGCUCGGUGUCCUUCUUGGGAGGGUUGGCACUCUGGAGGCUUCCAUGGCCGUCAUGUUUCUCUUAGCAGUCUUCGUUCAGGCCGCGGCGGGUCUGGCUUUCGGGGUUGUUCCUUUCGUUUCGAAGAGGUAUCUAGGUGUGAUUUCAGGAAUGACAGCGAGUGGUGGACCUCUGGGUGCGGUCAUAAUCCAAUUACUGUUCUUCUCCGGAUCCAGGUACUCCAUGGAAAGUGGCAUCUCUCUCAUGGGCAUCAUGAUCCUUGCCUGUACCCUUCCGGUCACCUUAAUAUACUUCCCGCGGUGGGGAGGAAUGUUUUGUGGCCCGUCCACGACCGUGGACGACGAUCCAGAGAGAGAUCACCAUCAUCUUUAUUCUGGGUCCAAUUUGUCGUUGUUAUUGCUGCUUGAUGAUCCUUCGAGGGAUUAAUUUUUUUU